AUGAUAAGUAUUGGUUAUGAUAAUGGUAUCAGUCGUAGUGGUACUCAAUUGGCACUACAAUUGAUGAUAAAAUUCAUCAUUAUAAUUAAGCCUACAAAUGCCUGUUUUGGUGGUGGUGCACAAUGUUGUCCACCAGCAGCAAUGAUGCAAUGUGCACCAACGAUGCCACCAUGUUCCUCAUCAUCAAGAGAGUGGCUAAAGAUGAUGAAAUUAAAUGCUUUGAUAAAAUUACAAUUAGAAAUUUGA